GAGAAGAUGUUUCUAUGUUGAAAUGCAAUAAACAGUGUUCGGUCCGUCGAAGAAGAAAAAAAAUAACAACAAAACAAAUUGAGUAAUCUAAACAACCGCACUGCUCUCUGACAUUGUUUAGUCUCCUCAGACUCUGGAUUUUUUAAGGAAAAAAAAAUGAAGCAUGGCAGAAGGAUGUACAUAUCAAAACUAUGUAAUGGUGUGUGACAAUUGGCGUUCUGUUUUACGGCCGCCAAUAUGCGGUUAGAGUACAAGCUCUGAUGUCUGCUAGAUAUAGUAGGCCACCAGGCACGCAGAUAAUCCCCCUAACUGUACCAUAAAAUCUACACCAAAUACCAAAAAAAUCCAACAGUCAAUGAUUCCUGCUACGAGGGUCAUCCAAAAAUCGAAUAUCAAACGGAUUUCAAAGUUUUAGCUUUACACUAAAACUGACAGCUCGGGGGUUCACGCCCUAGACUUUGACGAUGCAGUGGAACUGCAUGUCGCCGAACAGAGAACGCGACAGUUUUUGAUUUUUUUUCCCGAAAGAAUUUUAUUACAAAGAGCAUGCAAAGGGACGAUAAGGAGGAGGCUGCGUCAAAAUUCGGCAAAACUCAAGAUCAGAAUUAGUUCUAGCGCGUCGCUCGCUUGGCAGUUAUAUUAUUGAUGCACGCGCACGCCUGCGCGCCGGUCAGCUCUCGAGUCCGGAGAUGUGUUAAUAUGCCAGCAGAGUUCAUUUAUAGAAAUGAUGAAACAAUUAAUUUACUUAAACUCCACUUUUUGUAGAAAAUGGGAGGAUUAUAUGUUGGACUAACUCUCAUGCUGACUUUCAAUAUGGUUGUAGGAACCGGUCGUUUCGAGGUUUCAAUUUUGGCGUACUUCAAUGAAAGUGGACGGAUGGCGGGCGAAUCAUGUUGUUCCGGGUCACGUGAUAACGAUACGUGCUUAUCACUUUGUCCUACCUUCCUCACUGUCUGUCUCCAACACCAUUCGGCCUUUAUCCCAGAAUUCCCUGCGUGUACGUAUGGACAUGCUGUUACUCCUGUCUUCAACCGUAGUUUGACCGAUGACGUCAAACCCACAAAGAAUAUGUACUUUAUCAAAAUUCCAUUCCAGUUUUCUUGGCCUGAAUCGUUUUCUCUGGUGAUAGACGCAUGGCAAGAACCCCAACUAAAUCAAUCCGCUAAAGAUCUCUCUAAUAGAAUCUUACGAGACGUUGUACGAGACAAACUUACUCCUCCUUCCCUGUGGGUGAAGAGACGGACAAAGACGGCUCAGUUAGAGCUCAUCUAUGAGUACCGAGUAGUUUGUGACGAGUUCUACUAUAGCGACACCUGUGAGCAGAUUUGUAGACACAGGAACGACAACUUUGGUCACUACGUGUGCGACGAAACAGGGUCCAAAGUCUGUCUUCCAGGAUGGCAGGGAGAGUUUUGUCAAGAAGCGGUUUGCACUGAGAAGUGUAACCGUAGCCGUGGGUAUUGCGACAAACCUUUUGAGUGCAGAUGUCUUCUGGGCUGGACGGGGGAAUCAUGCGAUAAGUGUAUUCCUAAUCCCGGUUGUGUGCACGGAUUUUGUUACGAGCCGUGGCAAUGCAUCUGUCAGAGUGGUUGGGGUGGUAGAUACUGCAACAUUGACCAACAUUAUUGCACCAACCAUCAGCCCUGCAGAAAUGGCGGAACUUGUAUUAACGACGCGAACAAGAAUUUCACUUGCGCAUGUUCGGUUGGAUAUACUGGUCAGAGAUGCGAGAAUGUGGUCUGCUAUAAUAGCAUCUGUCAAAAUGGCGGGAAAUGUCAGAUCUGGUAUCCAAGUAUUAUGGCCUUAUUUCAGGGAACUUCGGAAAAUAAUGCUUCAUGCGUUUGUCCCAAUGGUUUCUAUGGUCAACAUUGUGAAUACAAGAAACAUUAUUGUAAAGACACAAAUUGCGCCAAUGCUGGCACGUGUGUUGAAGAAGCAAACGGUGUACGUUGUUUGUGUGUAGAAGGAUUUGAAGGAAAUUAUUGCGAAAGUGAAAUUGACGAAUGUCGAUCAAAUCCUUGCAAAAACGGUGGCACCUGUUUGGAUGGAGUCAAUGAUUUCAUAUGUCGCUGCAGGGAAAACUACAUCGGUAAGACUUGUGGGAUAAUUAUGGACCCUUGUCACGGAAUCACGUGCUUAAAUGGCGGCCGAUGUGAUAUCACUGUCAGCUUCCGGGGAGAGUGCGCAUGCCCAAGCGGCUUUACGGGAAAGCGUUGCGAGUCCAGCAUGCAAGUUUGUGAGAGUAUGCCUUGUGGAAACGGCGGCAGUUGCGUCGCCAAUAAAAAUAAAUACAGUUGUGUUUGUUUGAAAGGUUACUAUGGGGAUCGCUGUGAAUAUUCGUCGUUCAUUUGUACACCCAACUCAUGUCAAAAUGGUGGCAUUUGCAAACAGCACAAAAACCGUACCAGUUGUAUAUGUCCUUCUGAAUUUGUCGGAGACAGAUGUGAAAGUUCAGUUAUCCAGUUGGAAGAAAAUUUUUCAGGGGCCUUUUCUCCGAACUCUAGUGUAUCUUUUCAUCCUCAUUCAUUGUUUACUCUAUUUCUGAUAUUUUUAAAUUUACUUAUUCCCACGUGACAUUUCGCAUCAGACACAAUGCUACCGGUGACAAUUAUGCCGAUAAUGUUUUUUAUUCGGUGUUCUGGUAAUGUUCCUGACAUUUUUGGAGCAUUUGCUGUACAUUUCAUUCCGUUCUGAAUGCAUCGAUUAUACAUGUACUUUCGU